GUUCUUCCUCACAGCUAAACUUCUUACAGCAACUCCUGUUGCACACGUACUGUCUUUUCGGCGUCGUUCCUUGUCCAAUCAACGGAACAUAAUGGCCACCUUCGCUGACGCCCCCGCCGGCAACCUUGCCAACGGCGAGAAGAUCUUCAAGACCAAGUGCGCACAGUGCCACGUUGCUGAGAAGGGCGCUGGCCACAAGCAGGGCCCCAACCUGGGUGGCCUGUUCGGCCGCAUCUCGGGCACUGCUGCUGGCUUUGCCUACUCCAAGGCCAACAAGGAGAUGGCCGUUGAGUGGAACGAGCAGACCCUAUACGACUACCUGCUCAACCCCAAGAAGUUCAUGCCCGGCAACAAGAUGGUCUUCGCCGGGUUGAAGAAGCCUGAGGACCGCGCUGACCUCAUUGCUUACCUGAAGCAGGCGACCGCCUAAAUUCACCGCUGGAGCGUUGGAGAGGCUAAUAUUCAUCUAGCUGUUUUGCGUGCAUCCAGUGUUCGUUUUGACCCGAACAGUCGUGCGUGGAAGGUCUUGUGACCCGGCGGGUGCGGCGACUGUCGUUGACUGAAACUUGACGUGACCAGACCAGUCCAGUCGAAGUUGGGCUUACCUAACGGGACACAUAUAUGCCAAGUUUUGCUGUAACCCAGCAGUGGCAUGAUCCCACAAGCCAGCUACAUCAGAUUAUGCUCGCCUGAGACGCAAAAGGAGGGGUAAUCCCACUUUUCGGCGAGCCGCGGACUUGUGUAACAGAUAAGCUUGAGUUCUGUUCCUCUUGUGGUUGAGCCUGGUUCUCCUGUGGAUGAGCAUGAUGGAAAUCAAUUCGCAACAGGUGUUCAGCUCCGGGUGCUCAGCUUUAGGGCCGGGGUUAUUGUAGCUGCAACUCUAGGGAUGCGACCAAAACGCACAACCAUGGCCAGGCGGAGUUCAGAUGGGCCGCUCAAGCUGUUACACCCAAGGGGGUUUGGCAAGGCACACCUGCUCAAGGAGCGUGCCAGUUGAGUAUGUAGUCGUAAUAUACAGAACCGCCUUUUAGGGAUGCUGCAUCAUAAGUCCCCACAAUAAGAACACGACCCACGGGUCCAUAGAAAUUUAAAGCCUGAAGACAUUUAUAGUUUUAUAUUAGUUAUGCAAGGAGCGAAGACACAUAGUCACCUGCCCUUUAUCUUAAUGGUGGGAAGUAAUGCCGCUAGCAACAGCAGUGUCAGCUGUAUCCCCUGCCAAACGCACGCUUUGCAUGCAAAUGUGUGUUCCGUUUACACAGAAGUCGUACCGACAGUCCCCAUUCCUGCCAACGUAUGCUCCGUCCUACAGG